AUGGCAAGUUUCAGUUCCAUCUUCCAUUCCAGGAAGCUCAUUAUAUUCCUCAACACUUCCUUCGCAUCUCUCCUAGCUUUCCUCCUCAUAACUUCAACUUUCCUUCCCUCCUUUGAACUCCAAGGCGAGAAACUGAUCAUUGGAGCACAAGCCAGAGCCAUCAGCUGCAAAAUUCAUGACUAUGAAGAUCACAACACCAAAUGCCUCUACCUCAAAUCGUACACCUCUUCAGCUUGCAGCUCCAAAGGCUACAUAAACUACCUCCAAAUCUUCUACUGCACAUGUGGCCAAUCCCCACUACUCGGCCACUCCUUCCUUUUCCUAUGGCUUGCCGUUCUCUUCUACCUCCUAGCCAACACAGCAGCAGAAUACUUCUGCUCUUCACUAGAGAGCUUGUCAACUCUCCUGAAGCUCUCCCCCACAAUAGCUGGUGUAACCCUCCUCUCCCUAGGAAAUGGCGCCCCGGAUGUUUUCUCGAGCAUAGUCUCCUUCACAAGCUCAGGAAAUGGUGGUGUAGGGCUAAACAGUGUGUUGGGAGGUGCAUUUGUUGUGUCCAAUGUUGUGGUCGGUGUUAUCAGCACAUUGAUCAGUAGCCAUGAAGUUGCAAUUGAGAAAUCUAGCUUCAUUAGAGAUGUUUGCUUCUUUCUCUUCUCACUUGCUUCCCUCCUCUUGAUUCUCGUAGUGGGAGAAAUCACAUUGUGGGUUGCCAUCCUUUUCCUCUCCAUAUACAUUCUCUAUGUCUGUGUAGUUCUGUUCAUGCAAUUCUACAGUAAGAAACAGAACAAUGUGAGUUUAAAGCCUUCAACUUUGGAUAGCCUUGAGAAUGGUGUCCCACUUCUAGGCUAUGUUGAUGAUCAAGAACCACCACCAGUUUCGUCGAAACCCAGCUUCCCACUAGAGGAUCAUCACCAAGAAAGUUCAAAACUACUCUGCAUUGGCAAAGUGCUACAUCUCUUGGAGCUACCACUUUACCUUCCAAGGAGGCUGACAAUACCAGUUGUGAGUGAGGAGAAAUGGUCAAAGCCAUUUGCAGUUGCUUCAGUCUCACUAUCUCCAAUCCUAUUGACAGCACUCUUCAACACACAGAGGCAGAAGAAGUUCGGUUCAAGUGGGAACCUAGUGAGUUACUUUGCGGCGGGGCUAGUUGGGAUUGUGCUUGGGAAUCUAGCAUUCGUGAACACAAACAGCAGCAGCCCACCAAAGAAGUGGCUGUUUCCAUGGCUAGCUGGUGGGUUCCUUAUGAGUGUAACGUGGACUUAUAUCAUUGCUGAGGAGCUGGUUUCUCUGUUGGUCUCAAUGGGUUACAUACUUGGGAUAGACCCUUCAGUUUUGGGGCUGACACUUCUAGCUUGGGGGAACUCACUUGGGGAUUUGAUAACCAAUGUGGCCAUGGCUGUGAAUGGUGGGCCAGAUGGGGCCCAAGUUGCCAUCUCUGGGUGCUAUGCUGGGCCCAUGUUUAACACCCUGUUGGGUUUGGGGGUGUCCUUUGUUAUCUCUGCUUGGGACAGUUACCCUUCGAGUUAUGUGAUCCCUGGAGAUGGUUCUUUGUAUGAGACUUUAGGGUUUCUGAUGGCUGGGUUGGUUUGGGCACUUGUGGUUCUGCCUUGGAAGGGUAUGAAGCUCGAUAGGGUUCUUGGAGUGGGGCUCCUGUGUAUAUAUUUGUGCUUCUUGGUCUUGAGGCUUUGUAGGGCUGUUGGUGGUGGGUUUGGUCUCUAA